GAAAGGUUUAUCCCCUCACACAACGAUGAUCUGGGGGAACUGACAUACUUAGCUGCAGGUUCGAGGUCACCGUCCAGAAGAAUGAAAACUUACCCUCGUUCGUGUGUGACCAGAGCACGAUUUUACCGAGCCCUUGAGAAGGCGCAACAUGAAUCUCAGAGGCUCGAGCAGGCAUUGUGGUCACAGACCCAUGCAGGGUCGAUGUGGGUUCUGCCGCAGACACUUCAAGAACUCUACAACUUACGACAGCUAUGUCGACUUCAAUCCAACGCCCUGGCCCGAGCUAGACGGGUGGUCGACACUGAGCGGGAUAGACCUCUGAGAGAGCCACUGGAAAAUAUGGAGGCACCCCAAUGUGACCGGUGUGGAACCAAGGCACUGGACGUGGCCCCCGCUCCGUGUUUCCAUAGCUUAUGUCCGGGUUGUGGUGGAGCUGGAGCACCAGGCGCUUCGGAUGAUAUGUUUCAAACCUGCCAGGUGUGCUCUCCCUCUAGUUUCCAACAGUCCGGAAGGAUUUAG